AUGGAGGAGGCCUGGCACUCCCUGUUUGGGUCUGGAGUACAACCCUUCCACAUCGCAUUCACCAUCUUGGCAGUCAUAGGCUUGAUAUUCAUCAUCUCGGUGGCGCGGAGUAGACCUAACGGGCGCAACAUCCUGAUCCUGGGGCCCACAGGAUCCGGGAAGACCACCCUCUUCCAUCGCCUGCAGUACGGGAGCACCCUCAAUGGGACGGUGGCCUCCAUGGAGCCUCGGGAGGUGACCACCAACCUGGCCUCCGACAAGGCAAGUGCCCGCGCCUCCAGCCCCCCUCCCGCGGAACUGCUGUCCCCGCAGAGUCCCGCUGCUCGACCUGUCAACCUGGUGGAUAUCCCAGGGCACCCGCGCGUGCGUGACACCUGGCUGGCAUGGGAGAAGUCUGCCCAGGGCAUUGUGUUCCUGGUGGACGCCGUGGACUUCCUGCCCCACAAGUCGGCCAUUGCAGAGCAGCUGUACGACGUGCUCACUCACCCGUCGGUGGUCGGGCGCAGGCUGCCCAUCCUCCUGGUCUGCAACAAGUCUGACAUGGGGGUGAAGGCCCACUCCGUGGACUUCAUUCGGAAGCGCCUGGAGAAGGAACUCGACCUGCUGCAGACCACGCGCUCGGCGCUGGAGGACGUCGGGGGCGGCCGUGCCGCUUCCACACGCCUCCUUCCGCCCGGCGCCCAGGCGUUCACGCUGGCCGCGCUGCAGGCCGCCACCGGCAUCGAGGUCGGCACCGCCAGCGCCAGCGCGCAGGAGGGCGACGGCGUGGGGCUGGUGGAGGCCUUCGUGCGGCGCUGCGCCCCAGCCUGA